CUCGUGUCGAGGGACGCGCCCGACCUAAGCCGACGGCCCCCGCGCGCCGCCGCCGCGGCGACCGCGGCCGACGGCCCGCCGUCCGCUAGCCGGCGCGCCGACGCCAGGAGAGGACGGAGGGCGGCCGUGAUGGACCGGCCUCCUGCUGCCUCGGGCGUCCUGCGGAGGGGGCGGGGGCAGGAGGAGGGGGCAGGAGGACCAGGGCCCCCAGGAUGGCAGGCGGCGUCCGAAGUCCGCUGCACACCAGAAGCAGGAACAGCGGCACAGAGCAGGACCGCUCGGAGGCCCGCACGGCUCUCUCGGGUCGGCGCUGGGCCCCCCCCCAUGGCGCGCUCCGCACACGCCUGGAACUCUCACCAACGUGCGCUUGCCGGCGCCCGUGCACGACGUGCCGCGGGUCCCAUCCCCCCACGCUGUCGGGGUGGGGUGAACGCCGCACCGGCGGCCGAGGACGCGGGCGCCGCGCGGGGGAAAACGCGCAAGACCGGCUGCGCCCGCGUGCCGGGCGUGGCCCAGGGAGGGGGAGGGGAGAGAAGAGGAUAUGCAGAGAGAGAGAGCAGCAGCAGGAGGAGCAGGAGGGAGUCGCCGCCGCCGCCCAGCAAGGCCCUCGCCGCCGCUUGGCGGCCGCCGCUCAGAAGAUGAUGUCGUCGUCCUUCUUCGUGCUGUCCAGCGCGCUGGGCACAUCGAGGGCCGACACGGGCGCUGGCAUCGCCAGGCCCUUGGCCUCUAGCUCCUUCUUGAGCGCUAUCUUCUCGCGUUCUAUCUUCGCCUUCUUCUUCUCGACGACCUUCUUAACUCUGAAAAACUCCUCGCGAUCCAUCUCGUCCAUCUCCUGUGUGAUGUACUGGAUGGUGUCCUCGAUGCGUGGAAUCAGAACGUACUGCAGAGCGUUCACGCGGCGGCUCGUCAUCUUGAUCUCCUCGUCGAGGGUCUUGAAAGCGCACUGCAACGAGGCAAGCCUGAUCAGGGCAACAAUCGACUUGAAAUAGGUGUCCUUGCAGGUCUUCACCACCGCGCCACCAUUUGUGAUACCGAUUGUCUGUGACGACGUGUCUUUGGUUGGAUCGUGCACCACCUUGAAAUUCGGGAUUGACACGCCAGCGCAAUUGUCCGCAAGCAGCCUCACCUGCACGGUCGGCUUCAUAGCCCUCUCAACUAUGGUAGAGUUGAAGUCGUCACCUGCCAUGGCCCAAUUCGCUUUGGCCAGGGAGAAAGCCGCCUCCCUCAAGCCAUUACCUACCUCCAUCUUGGUGGUGACGAUCUCCUUGAGCAGGCCCAUGAACUUAGCCUUCAUGGCGUCGCGCUUUUUCUUCAGCAGCUUGAAGCCCUUGGAGGCGCCGCCCAGACGGCCCUUGUAGGUCUGGAGCGUCAUGCGGUUGGCGGCUGGCCUCGACGACAUCUCUGCAGGGAUCUCGCGGCGUGGACCGCGGCCUCGGAAGCAGCUGCGGGGCGCGUGGUGAGAGGUGCAGCCGAAGCUCGAGCCCAGCUUGAGCCAAAAUGGCU